AUGGAUGAGCUGUUCGAUGUGUUCGACGAGAAGGCGCCAAAGCCUGGCAGCAGCGCCAAAAAGGAGAAGAGCAAGAAGCGAGCCGCAGACGGCGCUGUGAAGAGAGAAGCGCCACACCAGAAUGGUGAUGCUCAUACGGUGGAUGGACGGGAGACACACAACGGUGAAGCGAACGGCGUGCCCAAUGGCGAUGAUGUGAAGGUCCGGGUCGCCAAGCGACAGCGCAGGGACGACGAGCCCGAGCCGGUGGUAACGGACACCUUUGAAACAGAGCAGUCACGCGAGGUUGCAGCAUCCGCUGGGUUGCAAGGUCAAAAGGAAGACAAGGCUGUGGUGCUCUCGCAUCAAGUACGCCAUCAAGUGUCUCUGCCACCAGACUACGAAUACGUUCCCAUAUCGCAGCACAAGCGGCCCGAGAAGCCCGCGCGAGAGUGGCCGUUCACGCUCGACCCUUUCCAGGAGGUCUCCAUCGCAUCGAUAGAGCGCAAUGAGAGUGUGCUAGUCUCGGCGCACACCAGCGCAGGCAAGACGGUAGUAGCCGAGUACGCCAUUGCACAAUGUCUGCAGAACAACCAGCGAGUCAUCUAUACCAGCCCGAUUAAAGCGCUCAGCAAUCAGAAGUAUCGGGAGUUCUCUGCCGAGUUCGGUGAUGUUGGCUUGAUGACCGGAGACGUGACAAUCAACCCUACAGCAACCUGCUUGGUCAUGACCACGGAGAUUCUACGCUCAAUGCUGUAUAAAGGCUCAGAGAUCAUGCGCGAGGUCGCUUGGGUGGUCUUUGAUGAGGUGCAUUACAUGCGCGACAAGUCACGGGGUGUCGUCUGGGAGGAGACGAUCAUUCUGCUCCCGGACAAAGUCCGCUAUGUCUUUCUCUCUGCUACCAUCCCCAAUGCCAUGCAAUUCGCCGAGUGGAUCACCAAGACGCACAACCAGCCUUGUCACGUGGUCUACACCGACUUCAGACCGACACCUUUACAACACUACUUCUUCCCAGCUGGCGCAGAUGGGAUCCACCUAGUAGUCGACGAGAAAGGCGUCUUCCGCGAGGAGAACUUCAACAAGGCCAUGUCUGCGAUUCAAGAACGGGCCGGCGAUGAUGGCAGUGAUCCGAUGGCGAAGCGCAAGGGCAAAGGAAAAGACAAGCGGACCAACAAAGGUGGCCGCAGGGACGGUCCAACGGACAUCUACAAGAUCGUGAAGAUGAUCAUGAUGAAGAACUACAAUCCCGUCAUUGUGUUCUCCUUCUCGAAGCGCGAGUGCGAGAACUACGCUUUACAGAUGAGUCAGCUGGCUUUCAACGAUGAAUCGGAGAAGGCAAUGGUGACCAAGGUUUUCAACUCCGCGAUCGAGAUGCUGUCGGAUGAAGACAAGGAGCUGCCGCAGAUUCAGCAUAUACUGCCUCUGCUACGGCGCGGUAUCGGCAUCCAUCAUUCAGGCUUACUACCCAUAUUAAAGGAGACGAUUGAGAUCUUGUUCCAAGAAGGUCUCAUCAAAGUUCUCUUCGCCACUGAAACUUUUUCCAUCGGCCUCAACAUGCCAGCCAAGACCGUUGUCUUCACUUCCGUUCGCAAGUUCGACGGCGUAUCUCAGCGAUGGGUCACGCCAAGCGAGUUCAUUCAGAUGUCUGGUCGCGCCGGUCGUCGUGGGCUCGAUGAACGCGGUAUCGUCAUCAUGAUGAUCGACGAGAAAAUGGAGCCGGCGGUUGCGAAAGACAUUGUCCGCGGUGAGCAGGAUAAACUCAACAGCGCCUUCUAUCUCGGCUACAACAUGAUACUCAACCUCAUGCGUGUCGAGGCUAUCAGCCCAGAGUUCAUGCUCGAGCGAUGUUUCUUCCAGUUCCAGAACGCUGCCUCCGUUUCCGGUCUCGAAAAGGAGCUUCACGAACUCGAACAGAAGCGUGCCGAUAUGGUGGUAGAGAACGAACAAGAGAUCAAAGAGUAUUAUGACAUUCGACAGAAUCUAAACAGCUACGCAGCAGAAAUGAAGGCCACCAUAACACGGGAGGAGUACCUACUAAAGUUCCUGCAGUCUGGUCGUUUAGUGCGGGUGAAGUACAAGGACUACGACUUCGGUUGGGGCGCCGUCGUCAAUUUUAUGAAAGUUAAACCUGGCCGCGGGCAAACAGCUGAAGACAUACCACCAGGACACGCCGUCGUCAUUGACGUGUUAAUGGCGGUGGCCGCAGACAGCACGCCGCCGCCGGUGGGCGCAAGGCUAAACGAUGAUCUACCGCCAGGCGUUCGGCCGCCUGCACCUGGCGAGAAAGGCAAGAUGGAGGUCUUUUCCAUCAUGAACGGCACCAUUGACGCAGUGGGCCAUCUUCGAGUGUUCUUACCUGCCGAGCUCCGGACCCAAGAGAGCCGGAACACAAUGCGGAAGACGCUCGAAGAGGUGAAAGCACGGUUCCCAGAUGGCAUUGCGAUCUUGGAUCCAAUUGAGAACAUGCAUAUCACUGACGAAGGGUUUAAGCGGUUACUCAGGAAGAUUGAGGUAUUGGAGCACAAGCUGCUCAACAACCCCUUGCACAAAUCCGAGCGAUUACCGGAACUGUACGAGCAAUACGCGGCAAAGGUAGAACUGACAACGCAGAUCAAGGCGAAGCGGAAGCAGAUCUCGGAUGCGCUUAGUGUGCUGCAGCUGGAUGAGCUGAAGAACCGCAAGCGCGUCCUUCGCCGGCUGGGCUUCAUCAACGAUGCAGACGUCGUGCAGCUGAAGGCGCGCGUUGCGUGCGAGAUCUCCACGGGCGACGAGCUUGUGCUGUCCGAGCUGCUGUUCAAUCGCUUCUUCAACGAGCUUACGCCCGAGCAGUGUGCGGCGGCAUUGAGUUGCUUCAUCUUCGAGGAGAAGAGUAAUGAGACGCCGACGUUGAAGGACGAGUUGGCGAAGGUCUUCCGCGAGAUACGUGAGCAGGCUCGGCAGGUAGCGAAAGUCAGUAGCGAGAGUAAGGUGGUGGUUAAUGAGGAGGAGUAUCUGCAGUCGUUCAAGUGCGAACUGAUGGAGGUGGUGUUUGCGUGGUGUCAGGGUGCGAGCUUCGCGACGAUAUGCAAGAUGACGGACGUCUACGAAGGCUCGCUGAUCCGCCUCUUCCGAAGACUGGAGGAGCUGCUGCGGCAGAUGGCUCAAGCCGGCAAGGUUAUGGGAAGCGAAGAACUAGAGCAGAAGUUCGAGUCGGCUCUGACGAAGGUCAGGAGGGACAUCGUGGCAGCCCAGUCAUUGUAUCUAUAA